CCAUUUCAUGGAAUCAGGAGCUGGGAACACAGGGGCGUAUAGGAUGCCUUAUAAAGACCUGUCACUGGUGUUAGUGCGGUGAGGCAAAGGGGGACUAGGCAAAUCUAGAGAGAGUGUAUGUGUUUGUGUGUGUGUUUGUGUGAGAGAGAGAGAGAGAGAGAGAAACAAAACAAGAAUGUGUCUGAUAUAAGGAAGAAAAGGGAGGUGUAGUUUCAUACAGAGAGCUGGAAAGCAGUAAGUAGCCAGAGAGAGAUGAGAGGGAGAGAUACAAAUAUCAGAGGGUGAUAUUUAGAAAGGAAAGGCAGAGUGGGUAGUGUGAGGCUGACAUCUCCAUCACUGUGGGAUUUAGCAGUACCCAAGCCCAUCGGCUCAUCAGCAAAUAUGCUUCCUGGCUCCGAGGGCACAGAUGAGGGAGGAUCGAAGAGCAGCCAUGUCCCUGAGCAAAGCUCUGCAGAGAAACAGAAAUGGGAAGAUGCCAAAGUAUUCUAUAAUAAUCUUACACCGACCAAGAAGCCAAAACCGCCUAAACCAGACAAUGCAAUCACCAUUGCAGUCUCUUCUCGGGCACUGUUCCUUAUGGAAGAAGAACAGAAAGUGUACAAAGAGCAGGGUCUUGAGGCUUAUGUCUGCUACCAGUUGGAACACGAGAAUGAGCCAUUCAAACCAGGAGCAGCAUUUCCUUUUGUUAAGGCCCUGGAAGCAGUGAACAGUCAGCUCCGUCAGCUAUACCCAGACAGUGAAGAUCUGUUUGAUAUAGUCCUCAUGACCAAUAACCAUGCACAAGUUGGAGUAAGACUGAUUAAUACCAUAAACCAUUACAACCUUUUUAUUGAGCGUUUCUGUAUGACUGGAGGCAACAGCCCCAUUGGCUACCUAAAGGCUUAUCAUACCAACCUUUACCUCUCCUCUGAUGGUCAGAAAGUGCAGGAAGCCAUAGAAGAGGGAAUUGCUGCUGCCACGAUUUUCAGCCCAAGCUAUAACUUGUCCAUUAAUGAGGAUAAGCUGCGAGUGGCUUUUGACGGAGAUGCCGUUCUCUUCUCUGAUGAAUCAGAGCAAAUAGUGAAGGAGCACGGCUUGGACAUGUUCUUUGAGCAUGAGAAGGCUUAUGAGAACAAGCCUCUGGCCCAGGGACCUCUGAAAUGUUUCUUGGAAGCUCUAGGGAAAUUGCAGAAGAAAUUCUACAAUAAGGGAAUGAGAAUGAACUGUCCAAUACGCACAUAUUUAGUUACCGCUCGUAGUGCAGCCAGUUCUGGAGCACGAGCAUUGAAAACCUUGCGUAGCUGGGGCCUUGAAACUGAUGAGGCUCUUUUCUUGGCUGGAGCACCAAAGGGACCUCUAUUGGAGAAAAUCCGACCUCAUAUAUUCUUUGAUGAUCAGAUGUUCCAUGUGGAGGGAGCUCAGGAGAUGGGAACAAUAGCAGCACAUGUUCCAUAUGGCGUGGCACAAAAACACAAGCAUAUAUCUCCUAAAAAUACCAAGUGAGACUGACAUACAAUACUGUCUUGUUAGCCUGUCUACCUGGAAUGCCAUGAUGAGUUUAUGUUAAAAUUCACAUGUCGGCUUGCAAGGACAGGACUCACAUCUUCCACUGCUGAGUUAAUUUAAGAAUGUAAUAAAUAGAAAUUUAAGUUAUUUAUAUCUGUCAUUGUUACUAACAGCGUCACUUGUCAUAGCAAACUGCAGAUGCCUUUGGGUCUUUUAUGUCUCCUGAUCAUGUGACUUUCAGCCUUCAGGGGUGUGAGGCUGUGACCUUGCAUCAAUGUGUUAUUGUUUGUGCUUCCAUUGUAUGUGCUGGCAUUUGUGCAUGUGUUUUUCUUUAGCUUACCCUUCUCUAUGGUCAGGACAAGGUUAGUGUGUUUUGCUCAUUUCUGUAACACUUUGUGGAGGUGUUGGUUUGCACUACUAAUUGAAAUUACUAUACGUUUCUCAAUUCCUACUACUGUAUAUUGUUAAUUAUAUCUUCAUAAGACAUUUACAAUGGAACUUAGCUGGAAUGAUACCAAAAACAUAAGUCACAUUGGGGCUGAUGUAGAAUUGAACUGUUGCUAAGCGUAUCUUUCCUGUUUUCGUACUGCACAUGUGUACAGAACUAUGCACAGUCUACGCAUUUAGAGCCUUAUUCAGCUUCAGUUGCAGUUUUGCUAAAAUAACAAACUGCAACUACUAUCACUUGUAUGAUGGGGGCCGCCCAGCACAGGGCAAGACCGCACAGCAUGCUAAUGGCGGUCGGUGAUGCGAUCGCAAAUCACAUUGCUAAAUAAGUGAAACCCCCAGCCUCUGCAGUCUGGCUGCGAAGGCAGUGGGCCAGCCACCAUUUUCCAUGUCACAGUGGCCAAAAAUAGUGCUGACCCACCGCCGUUUAAGCCACUCCCCACAGUGCCACGUUGCCGUCCCGUGAAUGCCUAUCAAUCAGACACACAUGCGCACGCAUGUGUAGUACGGCUCCUGCACGUGUGCGCUGGGCAAAAUAUUGUCAGUAUGUGAUCGCAUAGCUGAUGCGAUCCAUGCUGAAUAAGGCCCUUAAAUUACAUAUACAUUUACCAUAUUUACCAUCGAAGAGGUUGCAUUAGAGCGGGAUGCAUUCAAUAUCCCGGCUGUCGGGAUGCCGGCGCUCAGCAUACUGGCGCCAGGAUCCCAACCAGCGGGAUACCGACACCUAUUCUCCCUUUUGGGGUGUUCACGACACCCCUGGAGGGAGAAUAAAUAACGUGGCGCGCGUAGCUCUUUUGUGCUCGCCCCGCUGCUCUUUUGUGCUCGCCCCGCUGCACCCAUGUAAUAGCAUAUUGCAGUGAAAUACCGGGUGCUAAUUUUGCGUCCAGCAUCCUCUACUGAAGAUGGAGGUAACCCUUUGUAGCCUAUGGGUUACUCACCGUAUAUGUAGUCCCACAGAAAUGGCCACUGUGCAUGUGCGGUCAGUGGGACCACACAUGCACAGCAACUCCGGCUCAGCACAUCACAGGGACGUCUGCGGGUGCUUCUUAAUACAUCCCACCCAUGUAAUAGCAUAUUGCAGUGAAAUACCGGGUGCUAUUUUUGCGUCCAGAUAACAUUGAAUAUGGAAUUAAUGAUAAAAUGGCCCCCAAAGGCUGACUCCCUUUCUGACAGCAGCGUUAGGGUGCAUUAAAUAAAGCAAAUAGCUAAAAUGGAACUGACAAUGUGAAUGGCAACUUGCAUAGACUUCAUCUUUGUUAAAUGUUUGUUUCACGUCUAGGUGUUUUGUUGACUACAUAUGACCUGGAUUGUGCAAUAGAAUGUAUGGUAUUCCUAUGAAUGUGACAUCUGGAAUGUACUGAUACAUCCUAUAAACUAUUUUAAAUAAAAUAAAAUAAGAAACAA